AUGUCUGGAAGAAACACAUCUUGCAAUGCCCCAGCUGAGCUUGGUCACCAUAAGAAGCAUGGGCACAGCCAUUCUCAAAUACGCAGCAUCUCAAAUGACCUGCCAGGCUCCACGCAGCCCUGAGUGUGCUUCACCCCCAGCAGAGGCUUCCCCAGCAUCCCUGUCACCACCACACCACAGGACAUGGCUAGCCAGCGAGUCGCCGUCAUCGGUGCUGGUGCCUCUGGCCUGUGUGCCCUGAAAUGCUGUCUGGAUGAGGGGCUGGUGCCCACCUGCUUCGAGAGGAGUGGGGACAUCGGGGGCCUCUGGCGCUUCGAGGAGCAGCCCGAGGAGGGCCGUGCCAGCAUCUACCCCUCCGUCAUCAUCAACGCCUCCAAGGAGAUGAUGUGCUUCAGUGACUUCCCCAUCCCCGAGCACUUCCCUAACUACAUGCACAACUCCCAGAUCAUGGAGUACUUCCGCAUGUAUGCCCAGCACUUCGACCUGCUGCGCCACAUUCGCUUCAGGACCAGCGUGUGCCGCGUGUCCAAGCGCCCUGACUUCGCCAGCACAGGCCAGUGGGAGGUGGUGACUGAGAGCGAGGGGAAGCAGGAGGUGGCUGUCUUCGACGCCGUGCUGGUGUGCACCGGGCACCACACUGAUGCACACCUCCCGCUCAGCUCCUUCCCAGGACUGGAAAAGUUCAAGGGGUGGUACUUGCACAGCCGGGACUACAAGAAGCCACAGCCCUUUUCAGGGAAGCGGGUGGUGGUAGUUGGCAUUGGGAAUUCAGGGGUCGACAUCACGGUGGAGCUGAGCCACACAGCCAAGCAGGUGUUCCUCAGCACGAGGCGUGGGGCCUGGGUGCUGCACCGCGUGGGAGACAAUGGGUACCCCUACGACGUGAUCUUCAUCAGCCGCUUCUACAGGCUCCUCCAGACCUGGCUGCCUCUCCAUGCCUUUGGUGCUUACGUGCAGAGGAAGCUGAACGCCCGCUUCAACCACGCGCUCUAUGGCCUGAAGCCGCAGCACGGGUUUUUUGACCAGCACCCGACCGUCAAUGAUGACCUGCCCAACCGCAUCCUUUCGGGCAGGGUGCAGGUGAAGCCCAACAUCAAGGAGUUCACAGAGACCUCUGCCAUCUUCGAGGAUGGCACCAGGGAGGAGAUUGAUGCCGUGGUCUUCGCCACAGGAUACAGCUUCUCCUUCCCCUUUCUUGAGGGCUGUGUGAAGGUUGUGGAGAACCAGAUCUCCCUCUAUAAACUUGUGUUCCCGCCUGACCUGGAGAAGCCGACGCUGGCUUUCAUUGGCCUCAUCCAGCCUCUGGGUCCCAUCAUGCCCAUCUCUGAGCUCCAGAGUCGCUGGGCUACCCGCGUCUUCAAGGGGCUGCGCAAGCUGCCACCUUUGGCUGACAUGCUGGCUGAUAUCACACAAAAGAAGGAGACAAUGGCCAAGCGGUACGUGAAGAGCCAGCGGCACACCAUCCAGGUGGAUUACAUCCCCUACAUGGAUGAGCUUGCCUGCCAGGUGGGGGUCAAGCCCAACCUCCUCACCCUCUUCCUCAUCGACCCCAAGCUGGCACUGGAGGUGGCCUUUGGGCCCUGCACGCCAUACCAGUACCGCUUGCGGGGCCCCGGCAAGUGGGCAGGCGCCAGGGCAGCCAUCCUCACCCAGUGGCAGCGUGUCAUCAAGCCCCUGCAAUCCAGAGCUGGGCGCCGUCCUGUCUCCUCCAGAUCCAUGCGCCACAUCUUCAAGGUCUUCUUCAGCAUUGGUCUGAUUCUGGCCACUCUUUUCUACAUCUCACUCUCUCGUUAA